AUGGCGAUUGAACGGAAAAUGGAUGUGUUACCAUUAUAUAGUAACCUAACACACCUUGCGGGGUUGAAGCGGACCUUGUAUCUCCCCCACGCUCGUUCAGUCACGACAAUUUCCCCAUUAGCCAAUGGUGUUAUUAUAUCCCACGAAUAUGACCGCUUAAUGCAAAUCUCGCGCAUCAAUUCCGAGUCUUUUCUUGGUGCAAGCCUCGGUGAGAAAUCCGAUUACCGGGAGGCCCGGCGCAAGUCCGAGAACAGGAUUGGGACAGCGAGAUGA